CCGAGCAUCGAGUUUCACUCCACCCUCGCCACCCAAAAAUGUUUGCUUGGCCUGUGCGCAAGUAGCUUACAUCAGCCAAUGCCAAGUAGCUUUAAUUUCCACCACUCUUUAGCCAUGGAGAUUGAGUCAGAAACUCGACAGAAGGCUGGGCUUUUCACCAGUGGUGUGAGCUGGCUUAAGGCCUUGCCUGGGAAAGCCAUGAAUAAGGCUGUCAAGGUCGCAAAGAGUACAAAGGAGCUCGGACAGGACGACCCAAGAAGAGUCACCCACUCCCUAAAAGUGGGGUUGGCUCUCACAAUGGUGUCCUUGUUGUACUAUUGGAGACCUCUCUACAAUGAUUUUGGGGUUUCAGGAAUGUCGGCUGUCAUGACUGUGAUAGCAGUCUUCGAAUUCCGUGUUGGUGCAUCUCUCAGCAAAAGUUUAAAUAAAGGCUUUGCAACAUUACUUGCGGGUGUUCUGGGGGUUGGAGCUGAACACACAACACGUCUCUUUGGCGAGAAAGGAGAGCCUUUUGCUCUUGGGUUGCUUGUUUUCUUACUAGCUACAACAUCAUCAUUCACACGGUUCUGUCCACGUAUAAAGGCAAGAUAUGACUAUGGGGUCUUAAUUUUUAUAUUGACAUUCACCUUGGUAUCGGUGUCGGGAUAUCGGGUUGAUCAACAACUCUUACAGAUGGCCCAUCAAACAGUCUCAACAGUUGUAAUAGGAGCAGCAUCCUGCAUAAUCAUAUCCAUAUUUGUUUGUCCGGUUUGGGCUGGCGAAGAUCUUCACAAGUUAAUUGCUUCCAAUUUAAAAAAUCUUGCAAACUAUCUAGAAGGUUUUGAGAGCGAAUAUUUUCAGGACUCUGUGGAUGAAUUAAUGAAGGGUGGUGCCACGGCCUCUGAGGGUGAUAAGGCAGUACUUCUUCAAGGAUACAAAACAGUCCUCAAUUCGGAAAACGAUGAAGAAUCUUUGGCAAAUUUCGCAAGAUGGGAACCAGGGCAUGGCCUUUUCCCCUUCCGUCAUCCAUGGAAACAGUACUUGAAGAUUGGGGCCCUUGCUAGACAGUGUGCUUACCAUAUUGAAGCUCUUAAUGGUCAUAUCGUCAACUACUCUUAUAUCCAAGCACCAAUAGAAUUCCGAUACAGAAUUCGUGAAUCAACAACAAAGAUGAACUCAGAAUCGAGCAAGGCACUUCAAGCAUUAGCAACAGCAAUUAAAACAAUGACAGACCCUUCAGCCGCCAAUUCCCAUGUGGAAAUGUCUAAAACUGCCAUUAAUGAACUCGAGAUUGCACUCAAAGCUGAUUCAAUAGUACUAGAGAAUGCGGACCUCCUAGCAAUUAUACCAAUUGCCUCAGUGACUUCAAUGCUAAUAGAAAUCACAAGAUGCGUGGAGAAAAUCUGUGAAUCCGUCCACGAGCUAUCUUGCUUAGCACAUUUCAAGAGUGUUGUUGAACCCUCUGUAUCACCAGAAAAACCACAGCUACUUCAUCGAGGAAGAAUAAAACCUCUUUUGGAUGGUGACAGCAGUACUGACCAUGUUACAAUUACAGUACCCGCAACGUCAAACAUGAAUAUUGGUCCGAUGGAAAAUGAAAUUUCUGAGGUACCAAAAGACAGCCAACGACUUGGAUUAUAAAAAUUCAUAACUGACCUAUGACCAAUAUCACCUAUAUCACAUUAUAACCAUUUGAAUUUGAUAAACUGUUAAAAUCAAAAGUGCCGCACGAUCAUGAAUAUUAAAAUAAAAUAAUAUUUUCCUUUGGUUAUCAGUAAUUUCCGAGUCAACCGUAAAUAUGCACAAGAUAAAUAUUUAACCUGAUUCUCCGAUCUUAAGUUUCCUUAAGAUAGUUGGAUUGUUGUCUAUUUCAAAAAAUAAAUAAAUAGUUGGAUUGUUUCACCAAGAGGCAUUAAUCAAUUAAUACAGAGAGAUCUUGUGAUACGGCAGGUUGGAGUAGAAGCAUUGAGGAACUGAACUGGUUCCUGUUGGGAAGAUGAGUUAGGGUUAAGCUGCUGUCGUGGGUUGAGAACCGUGGGCUUAGUAAUGGGCUGCUGAAUAAAGAGGGUAGAAGAUGGAUCUAAGACAUCGUGAGUAAUGUGAUAAGUAUCUGUUUUAGUUACAUUUGAUAUUGUAAGGGCCGACCAUAUUAGAGUAGGGACUUAUUAGUAAUUCAAUGCUUUCUAAUAUAUUAGCAAGCAUGUGAAUCACCCGAGGGCAUCUGAAAUAUUAUUCUGGUGCUGCUUUGUAGAUGUGCUUUCCGCGUGGUACUCGGUUACGGAAAAGGAAUACAGUAAUUCUCAUUCCAUCA